AUGCGCCACAGCAUCGGAUUGGCAGCGGCCCUACUGGCACCAACCCUACCUGUAGCGUUGGGUCAAUAUAUUCGAGACUUAAGCACCGAGAAAUGGACUCUCAGUAGUCGAGCCUUGAAUCGGACAGUACCUGCUCAAUUUCCAUCGCAGGUUCACUUAGAUCUACUAAGGGCCGGAGUGAUUGGUGAAUACCAUGGUUUGAACGAUUUCAAUCUUCGCUGGAUCGCUGCUGCCAACUGGACUUAUACCAGUCAACCCAUCAAAGGCCUCCUGGACAAUUACGACUCAACUUGGCUCGUGUUUGACGGACUGGACACUUUCGCAACAAUCUCAUUCUGUGGGCAGCAAAUCGCAUCCACGGACAAUCAGUUUCGCCAGUAUGCGUUCGAUGUAUCCACCGCACUAGGGUCCUGCAAAGGAGAUCCUGUUCUGAGCAUCAACUUUGGAAGCGCACCGAAUAUUGUUGAUGCUAUCGCACAGGACUCUAAUUCGCAAAAAUGGCCCGAUGACGUCCAACUCACCUACGAGUACCCAAAUCGGUGGUUUAUGCGCAAAGAACAAUCGGACUUCGGAUGGGAUUGGGGUCCAGCAUUUGCCCCUGCAGGUCCAUGGAAGCCUGCAUAUAUUGUUCAGCUAGACAAGAAAGAAAGUGUCUAUGUCCUGAACACGGAUUUGGAUAUAUACCGAAAGGGCCAAAUUAACUACCUUCCGCCAGACCAGAGCCAACCUUGGGUCGUCAACGCUAGCAUUGACAUUUUGGGUCCACUACCUACCAAACCAACCAUGUCGAUUGAAGUGCGCGAUACUCAUUCUGGCACGAUUCUUACUUCGCGGACUCUGAACAAUGUCAGUGUGGCUGGUAAUGCCAUAACUGGUGUCACCGUUCUCGACGGGCUGACCCCGAAACUGUGGUGGCCGCAAGGCCUCGGUGAUCAGAACCUCUACAAUGUUUCUAUCACUGUCCAAAGUAGAGGAAACCAGACCGUGGCCAGUGUGAACAAACGGACGGGCUUCCGCACCAUUUUUCUCAACCAGCGCAACAUUACUGAAGCACAGCGUGCGCAAGGAAUCGCCCCUGGAGCAAACUGGCACUUUGAAGUCAACGGUCAUGAGUUCUACGCAAAAGGAUCGAACCUUAUCCCACCAGACAGUUUCUGGACCCGUGUUACAGAAGAGAAGAUGUCACGGCUAUUCGAUGCAGUGGUCGUUGGAAACCAGAAUAUGCUCCGUGUCUGGUCCUCCGGCGCGUACCUGCAUGACUACAUCUAUGAUCUGGCCGAUGAAAAGGGCAUUCUCUUAUGGAGCGAGUUCGAGUUCAGUGACGCUUUAUAUCCCUCCGACGACGCUUUCCUCGAGAACGUUGCUGCUGAGAUAGUAUACAAUGUUCGACGAGUGAACCACCAUCCCUCCUUGGCUCUAUGGGCUGGCGGAAAUGAAAUCGAAUCCUUGAUGCUCCCACGUGUCAAAGAUGCAGCCCCAUCUUCAUAUUCCUACUAUGUGGGCGAGUAUGAGAAGAUGUACAUUAGCCUCUUCUUGCCUCUGGUCUACGAGAACACGCGUUCCAUCUCAUACUCCCCCAGCAGCACAACCGAAGGCUACCUGUACAUUGACCUUUCUGCCCCUGUCCCAAUGGCUGAACGUUACGACAACACUACCUCCGGCUCAUACUACGGCGAUACAGACCACUACGACUACGACACUAGCGUGGCGUUUGACUACGGUUCCUAUCCGGUAGGCCGCUUUGCCAACGAAUUCGGCUUCCACAGCAUGCCCAGCCUCCAGACAUGGCAACAAGCUGUCGACACUGAGGAUCUUUACUUCAACAGCAGCGUCGUCAUGCUGCGCAACCACCACGAUCCCGCAGGUGGUCUCAUGACGGACAACUACGCGAACUCGGCCACUGGCAUGGGCGAAAUGACCAUGGGCGUGGUAAGCUACUAUCCGAUACCGAGUAAAUCCGACCACAUCUCCAACUUCAGCGCCUGGUGCCAUGCCACCCAGCUCUUUCAGGCAGACAUGUACAAAAGUCAGAUCCAGUUCUACCGUCGUGGAAGUGGCAUGCCCGAGCGCCAGCUUGGCUCCUUGUAUUGGCAGCUCGAAGAUAUCUGGCAAGCGCCAUCAUGGGCAGGCAUUGAGUACGGUGGUAGAUGGAAGGUCCUUCACCACGUUAUGAGAGAUAUCUAUCAGCCUGUUAUUGUUUCACCUUUUUGGAACUAUACUACCGGCUCGUUGGAUGUCUAUGUUACUUCCGAUCUGUGGAGCCCUGCAGCAGGUACUGUCGACUUGACCUGGUUGGACCUGUCCGGCCGCCCUAUUGCGGGUAACGCGGGCACGCCAAAAUCUGUUCCCUUUACCGUGGGAGGUCUCAACAGCACUCGCAUCUAUGGGACGAAUGUUUCUUCUCUGGGCUUGCCGGAUACUAAAGAUGCUGUUCUGAUCCUCUCGCUCUCGGCUCACGGCCGUCUUCCGAACUCAGACCGGACCACCAACUUGACUCAUGAGAAUUACGCUACGCUUUCUUGGCCCAAGGAUUUGAAGAUUGUUGACCCGGGACUUAAGAUAGGACACAGCUCAAAGAAGACAACCGUUACGGUGGAAGCUACAUCCGGUGUUUCAUUGUACACCUGGCUCGACUACCCAGAGGGUGUGGUGGGAUACUUUGAAGAGAAUGCCUUCGUCUUAGCACCAGGCGAGAAGAAAGAGAUUAGUUUUACUGUUCUAGAGGACACUACUGACGGGGCUUGGGUCCGUAACAUCACCGUCCAGAGUCUCUGGGACCAAAAGGUUCGCGGUUGA